CUGUCUCCUUGCCCUAUCGAACGUGACCCGAAUAUAUCAGAUUAUCUUAGAAAAUGGAUAACUCGACGCUCUUUGAUGUCAAAGGCAAAGUAAUUCUCGUUACGGGCGGCGCGAAAGGAAUUGGGCGCAUGAUCUCCGAAGGUUUCAUCCAGAAUGGCGCUACAGUCUACAUCUCAUCGAGAGACGCCAAGGCCUGCGAAGAAGCUUGUAAAGAGUUGAAUGCGCUCGGCAAGGGCAAGGCAGACUACAUUGCUGCCGACUUCUACAAGGAGGAGUCGAUCCAGAAGGUCGCAGACGAGCUGAAGAAGCGCGCAGGAAAACUCGACGUCCUCGUGAACAACAGCGGCAGUAACUGGGGCGAGUCCUACGACACCUACCCCGGCAAAGCAUGGGACCGCGUCCUCGACCUCAAUCUCAAACGUGUAUUCCAGCUCACGCAAGCCGUCACGCCCCUCCUCGAAGCCGCCUCGACGCCCGCCUCCCCAGCUCGCGUCAUCAACAUCGGCAGCGUCGAUGGUCUGCGCGUUCCGGCGCUCGAGACUUUCGCAUACUCUGCUUCAAAGGCCGGUCUUCACCACAUGAGCAGGGUGUUGGCGAGUCAUCUGGGCAAGAGGGGUAUCACGAGCAACACGAUUGCAUGCGGGCCGUUCCAAAGCAAGAUGAUGAAGGCGACGCUAGAGAAGUUCAGAGAUGUUAUUGAGAGUGGCGUGCCGCUUGGACGCAUUGGAAGCCCGGAGGAUGUUGCGGGAACAUGCAUUUGGCUGAGCAGUAGGGCGGGAGCUUGGGUUAAUGGCGCUACUAUUGCGCUGGAUGGUGGAAGUGUUGUUGCAGCGAAGUUGUAGUCUGUAUGAAAUGCUCUGUUGUCAUUGUCUCAUGGACAGAUUUAGUGCUGCUUAACUUGUCCACAAAAUGUUUAUAGCAUGUUCUGGAAA